GUCCAUGCCAUUCACUACGGUACUUGAAGUUGCCAUGUAGCAAUGAAAAGGAUGGCGUCAUGGAAAUAUUCAAAACCAUUAAAUAGUCGUGGUGUACAGUGUGUAGCCAUCUUUGCGAAAACAAAAUGAUGAAUUACAGAAAGGAACUUUCAGGGUCAGAGGUCGGUUAAACAUCUAUUUCUUGAAUAGUGCCUACCAAAGUAAACAAAGCAUUGAUUUUUAUUUAUUACUUACAAUAAGUAGAAUCGUACCAAUCCAUUUCGACUCCUGCGUUUGAAAUUCGAUCUGACUGCUUUGCCGAAACCUCAGCUUGUUUUUCUUUGCACACACGUUGCACGGAGACGGCUCCGUCUGUGUUCUACAGUUCUAAGAGACACCCAGUUUUGAAUGCUGUAAUAUGGCGUCUGUAGGGACAAGGAAUCAUAAUAUUGGCUCAAUUUAUUCAAGACUUGGGGGAUUGGAAGAUUUUCAGCCAUUCUGCCAUGACAAUUAGCCUACGGACAGACGGAUAUAUCAAUAGUUAAAAAGCUGAUCAGCUCUGGAGUAAUGAAAGCUGAAGACAGGCCAUUGUGGUAUGAUAUAUAUGAAGCAUUUCCUCCAAAGCGUGAACCGGUUUUUAUUCAUGGUCCAACUCCUGAUGAACACGGGCUUAUCAAGCAAGCAGACAAUGUAAAACCGCUGUUGUAUAAAGAAGACUGGGCUAGAGCGUCUGUUAACAAAUUGUAUGGAGAUUUUGAAGCUGUUCACCAUUUGAUUGAAAGACCAAAAGAAAUGAAUUUAUCAUUAUCUUUCAUCAAAGUUUUCACUGAACUUCAAAAAGCUCAUCCGAGUUUAUCGAAUGAGGAGAUAUUUGAAAAAACUGAGGAUAUAAUUGGUGUAACCCGAAGAUAAUACCUAUUUUGUCCUGAUUCCAACAAGUGAAAAGUUGAAGGUUGCAUAUCUAGACACAGAUAUGGAUUAUUUUGACUUCUGUCAAUGUAGAAGGCUUGCUAGGUAUAAGUGCCUAACUUUGAGCCUCAAAGUCUAGUUGCUCACUUCACUUCCGAGUCAUAAGUUGAGUUCAACCAUAAAAUAAAUAAAUACGAGUCAAAUUGACAGUAAAACUUCAUCUUGAGGUAAACCAACAUUAUAUUGAAAGUCAAACUGGAAUUAAAUCAUCUAUUGACCUCACCAUCAACACAACAAAACCAUUUAUUACUGGAAUAGUAGUAAAGUUCAUUUUUAAAUCGAAACGAAAAAGCAUUGAUCUUAGUGAAAAAUCGUAUUCACUGAAAGUUUCUUUGCUAUUUCAACGAAUUUUUCCUAGUCUUAGUCCUUGUGUUACAUGGCUUAAGUCUUGUAAAAGAUGACUCAAGUCCAUCUUGAGUCGAGACCGCUGACUUUAGUUUCCCGAACACUGAUAUAAUAUGUGUUGAACUGACUUUGAGGUCAUAACUGGGAAUACAUGACCAAAUUGAAAUGACCCUAAGAAUAUGUUGAAUGACAGACGUUUUGCAACAUGGGAACUGAACAGAUUAUUGCUAUCCUAGGAUGGUAAACUAUUUUAAAACUGUCAACUUGGGCAGAUACUCUUAAACUAGCACCCUCAGUUUUUUUUAUCAAAAAAUUGGAAUGCUUCCAGCUUUGGUGGUUCUAACAAAUUAUUCAUGUUGUGAGUUAAUCCCUAAUACAAAUUACAAACAGUAAAAGUUCUUCUUGAGAGUCGUCUUCAUUACACUGUUGAAUCUUUUAAAUAUUUGAAAUCUCAGCUGAGAAAUAAAUAUUAAAAUAAAUUC